CAGCGGCACAUCCGCUGUAGCGCCGCACAUGUGAAAUUUUUGAGUACCUUGGUGACCGGGGAGAUGGCGGAGGUGUCGCGGCAGAGUCUGUGGCGGAGUACGGAGGUGCUGGAGGCAGUCAGUGCUCACCCCGAGCAGCUCCUCAGUGUUCAAGAGGGACUGGCUUGUGAAUUGUCCAACCUGACGAAGGCGCUGUAUGACUUCCAUAGGUCAGAAGCUGCUCGUGGUAUAGGAAGCCCUCUUAAUGAACUAUUUAUUGAGAAUUUUGAUGAGGAGCAAAUCUGGCAGCAGCUUGAACUUCAGAACAGUGCUGUUGUCAGCCACUUCAAGAAGGCAAUCAGUAAGACUGUGAAGGACAAGGACUUAUAUAUUUUGCAGGUUUCUGAAGAGGAGGAGGAGGAAGAAGAAGAAGAAAAUGCUGAGGAGGAAGAAACUGAAAAUGCUAAUGAUGAAGAAGAACCUGAACCAAUCCCUGACAAUCGUGACAGUAAAGGAAGAAAUGGUAGAUUAUCUGAUAAUAAAAAGGCCAAAAAGUCCAAAGUGAUUGAAAACUUCAGUGAUGACGACGAUUCAGAUAUAGACUUUGAUAUCGAUGAAUUGGAAAAACGGAAAAAGAAAAUAACCAUUAAAAAGCCUCUAAGACAGCCAGUGGAAAAGUCCAUUGUGGACGACCAGUUCUUCAAGCUGUCAGAAAUGGAGGCUUUUUUGGAGGCAGCUGAGAAGGAAGAUGGUAAGGACAAUGAGGACGAUGAAGAGGAAGUGGAUUAUUUUGAAGAUGUUGCCUCUGAUUUGGAUGACGAUGAGGAUGAAGAAGAGUUCCAAAUAGGAAAAACAAGAAAACAGAUAACUACAAGUGCCCGGGACCUUCAGUAUGAAGAUUAUUUUGACCCAGUAGAGGGGGAUGAGACUAAGACAGACAGACAAAUUAGAGGAGAAGAAGAAAAUGAAAGGUCAGAUGAUGAUAAAGAGGAAGAUGGGGAAGAACAUGGCGAUGAGGAGGAGGAGGACAUGGAAGAAGCCAGUGAAUUGGAUGAUUAUGACGAAGGGGAUAUGAUGGAGGAAACCGAAGAAAGCAAAAAAGCAAAGAAGGCCUUCAAGAGGGUGACAUUUGACCUGUCAGAUGGUAGUGAAGGGGAAGAUGUUGCUGACAUACUUGGUGGGAAGAAGAAUGAAGAAAAACCUCAGGAAUUGAAGUCCUCGUUUGAGAAAAGGGAAGACAAGAUGGGUGAGAAGAUUCAGACACUCCACAAGCAAAUGCUUGAAGAGAAAUCCUGGCAGCUGAGUGGAGAGGUGACGUCACAGAAGAGGCCAGAGAACAGUUUGUUGUCAGAGUCCUUGGUGUUUGACCAUGCCUCCAGAAUGGCGCCCACAGUCACAGAGGAAACCACAUUACAACUGGAGGAUAUUAUCAAACAGAGGAUAAAAGACCAGGUGUGGGAUGAUGUGGUCCAUAAGGAGAAGCCAAAGGAAGAUGCCUUUGAGUACAAGAAGCGUCUCACUUUGGAUCAUGAUAAGAGCAAACUGAGUCUAGCAGAGAUUUAUGAACAGGAGUUCUUAAAACUUAACCAGAAAAAAGUGGAAGAGGAAGAAAAUCCAAAGCAUGUGGAAAUCCAGAAAUUAAUGGACAGCCUAUUCAUGAAGCUCGAUGCCUUGUCAAAUUUCCAAUUCACACCAAAACCACCUGUUCCAGAAAUGAAGGUGGUAUCGAAUCUCCCUGCAAUCAGUAUGGAGGAGGUGGCACCAGUAGGAGUGAGCGAAGCGGCUCUCCUAGCACCAGAAGAAAUCAAAGAGAAGAACAAAGCUGGAGACAUAAAAACAAAUGCUGAAAAAACAGCUUCAGACAAGAAGCGUGAAAGACGGAAAAAGAAGACCGUGAAAAAGUUUAAAAUAAAGGAGAAAGAGAAGCGUCAAAAACUGGCAGAGGAACAGAGGGCAGAGAAGGGGAAGAAGCCAACAAAAGAAGCAGCAGAAGCCAACAUCAAGAAACUUACCAAAGAAGGAAAGGCCACUGUGCUAAAGGAUGAAGGGAAGGAUAAAGCGCUGAAGUCCUCGCAAGCAUUCUUUUCUCAAUUGCAAGAUCAAGUCAGAUCGCAGAUCAAAAGUGCCAAGUCUGCGCACAAGAAACCAAAGAAAUCCAAUCAACUGUCUGCCCAUAAACUUAAACUCUAA